AUGCCCCAGCCGCCUGCCAGUGGUGCGGGCUGGCAACAGCGCCUGGAAAUAAACAACCUCCAGCCCCAGGACUGCCCGCCGUGGAACACCCGACCCGACCCAACCUCCACUGCCUCAGGUGCCCACCCACUACCGCGAAACCGCCCCCAUGCUGUGAGCGACGCCGCCAAACCUGAAGUCACAAGCUCGUCGUCUCAACCACCACAAAAUUUCCCUCGCCUCUGUUUUCUCUCUUCUCCCCAUGCUCAUAUCCUAACCCCCCCUUCUCCUCCCCCCUAUACUAACCCGACAGUUGCAGCUGCGACGGCUCGGAACACCAACGUCUUAUCGUCCCUGUGCAUUGUGGCAUUCUUCUUUCAGUCUUUUCCUUUAGCCGUCUGUCGCCUGCAUUGCUGGAGCCUGGCGUUUGUUUCCUUUGCCGCGCCCUGUGUCCGUUUCCUGCAUCGGUGA